AUGCUCGAAGCCGAGACCGAAGCGGGCGACUACUGGAAGAAAUGCGGCGACGAAGCACUCGCCCAGAAUGUGAAGGGUAUAAUCAUGAUGGGUGCCCACUGGGCUUGUCUCAACGACAAGAUUGAAGUUGCCACCAACCCUAACCCAGGCAAAAGCCCCUGCCCAUUUGUCACUCCCUCGCUGUACAAGGACUGGGUACCCAACCCCGAUCUAGCCACUGCAAACCGUUGCAUAUCCAUGCUAAAGGCUGAGAGGUUCAACGUCAGCCCAAACCCAACAUUUGACUGGAUCCACGACACAUUUCUUGUCCUGAUCAAGAUGUUUCCGGAUUUCACAAAGUGCCCACCAGUGACCAUAAUCUCCAUGAAUGCUCGCUAUGACCCCUGGUAUCACGUUAAAGUUGGGGCUACACUUCGACCACUCCGCAAGGAGAAAUACCUAUUAAUCGGCACUGGCGGCGCCGUGCACAACCUGUACCGAAAUAACUGGAUUGAUAUGCUGCUUUACCGCGAGUCCUUGGGCCAAGAGCGACCACCAGAGUCAUGGGCUUUGGACUUUAGACAAGCCACCGAGGACGUGGUGACUCAAAACCGUGGACCCGCGUUGAGGAAAGCUAUGAUUCGGCUUAUGCAGCACCCGGCAUACCGCGAGGCUCAAGCCACGGAUGAUCACUGGAUGCCUGCAUUGUUUGCGGCGGGGGCUGCUGGUGACUGGGAAGAUGAGGCAGACCCGAAUGUUUUGGCGGCGGAAACUUGGGAGCUGGUUAAUAUGUGUAACUCGCAAUUCACGUUUGGGUCGUACCGGACUGGUAUUCAUAAGGUCAAGGAGGGUCAGGACAGAAAAGAGAAAAUUCUCCGUCCGAGGAUGGUUGGAAUCGCCGCGUAG